ACCUGAGCUACUCUGUGAUUCCAGAUGUGUAUAAAACCCUGCUUGUUGCUGCUCAUCUCCCUAUUGAUUCUACAAGAAGGAGAACUUAAAAGAAUUGUGCCUUUGGAAUGAAAUUGGAAAUUAUCUGUGGAUUUAUUAAGAAAGCAACUUAGAAGAAAAGUGAUUUAGUAGCAGAGAUGUAAUUGCUUAUGCAGGUGGUAUAGGUUUAGCACAGGUGGCACCUUUUUCACGUAAAAAUAGCAAAGCACAAAUUCAGUUAGAAGUAUCCCACGUCUUUAAUUUUAAUCACAAAGAAGGAGUAUUCCAACAUCCACUACUUAGGAAUAAUCAAACUUGCCUUUUAGUGGAGAUAUAUGAGGAAGCUCACGCUUAAAAGACUGCUCAGCUUGAUAAACCUUCAUUUAGCUUCUCUUUUUGCUUUUAAAAUUUUUACAUUGCCCUUUUCCUUUCUAGGAUCCUAACAAGCAUGAGACCUCGUUUGCCACGUUCUUCACGGAAGAACCUUCUCUAUCUCACAUCCAUUUACACGGAAGGAGGUGGUCCAUUGUCCAGUCCAGGCCUCUUGUCAAACUACAGUGAACAGCCAAUUUACACUAUAGAAAGCUUACAGUGGAGGGCGAGGCAUGAAAAUCAGGUUAAAAGUGAAGGGCAGGCUGCAGAGAAUCAAGAAGAUGUUCUGGAGAAAGAUGAUGGUGUACAGGAAGUAGACGAGGAGGAAGAAGAGAUGAUAACUGAAACAAAUCAUUUGGAAGGACUUGCUCAUUCUGAUAACAUGGUGGCUAUUGCUGAGAAAAAGGCAGCACUGCAAGGUUCUGCAUGGCAGAUCAUUGCAGAUGAAAUACAAUGGAAAGACUUUCCUCUUGGGAAACUCCCAGGUCAGACAGAUGACCCUGAUGGUCUCAUGUUGUAUAAUUAUUCCAUGAUGUCUCUGCUUGAUCAGCCAGUGAGAGAUGAGUGGAAGUCUCUUAAUACAAAGUAAGUAAUGCUGUGGGCAAGACUUUGUCCCUGAACUAUGAAAUUUAUUUAUUUCUCUGUGCCUUGUGCUAUGAUGUGAAAAAAUCAGGACUAGUUUUCAAACUGUUAUUUCUGUAAUAGUUUGACCAAGGUAUCUACCAAUAUUUGUAAUAUCUACUAACUGCUCUUCUCUCAUGCAUUUUUUAAGUAAUGUGUGUGUUUGGAAGAACCUUUGUAGUGCUGAUGUAAUAACAUAAUAGUCUACUCUUCAAACUGUUUCAACUUCCACUGUUGUCUGAUAUUGUUAGUAAGAUACAGUAUGCUGAUCCUCAAGAGUUACUAGUCCACAAAUACAGGGUUUUUAAAACAAGUUACUAAGAGCUGGUGCAGAGUCUGCCUAGUGAUACACUGGGAUGAAUAAGUUUAGUGGGAAGAACUGUAGCCUUGCAAUUAAAGCAUUCAGGACUAGUAGCCAGAAGAUGCAGCUAAGAGCAUUAGCUCCCCAGCAUUCUUACAGCCUGACCUUGGAGAAAUCAUGUAGCCUCCCCCACUGUCAGUCUUCCCAGACUAGCUAAUCUUGUACAGGAAGCGAGAGUCAUUUUAAAAUGUACAGUGGUCUGAUGAAGCACUUUGAGGUGCAGUAGUGGGAAAGCUUGACAGUGAGAAGGUUCAACAAGUCUUAAGUGCAAGCUGCUGCUGCACCUGGGUCAGAGCUAUCCCAGACAGGAGUACAGACUGGGAGAACUCAUUGAGAGUAGCCCUGCUGAGAAGGACUUGGGGGUUCUGGUGGACAAACAGCUUGACGUGAGCCAGCAGAGCACGCUUGCAGCCCAGAAGGCCAACUGCAUCCUGGGCUGCAUCAAGAGAGGGAUGACCAGCAGGUCAAGGGAUGAGAUUGUCCCACU